AUGAAGUUCUUCGCUAUCAUCGCCGCUGCUCAGCUCGCCGCUGCUCUUCCUUUGGCCAAGGACGCCGAGGACACUAAGGCCUGCUCCGGUCUCGACAAGUGCCAGCUCGAGGGUGCUGGGCUUCCCGCCCUCCCUGUGAAGCGCACCAUUGUCGAUGACCUUGGACUAGGCGAGAAGGAGAAGGAGGAGGAGAAGCCCGAGGAGAAGGAGGAGAAGGAGGAGAAGCCUUCUUACUACGUCACUCCUUCCAAGGAGGACUACAAGGAAAUCCCCAAGGAGACCGAAGACUCUACCGACGAGCUUAAGCCCGAGAUGGAGGAGUCCUACAAGGACACUACUGAAGAGCUUUCGUCUUACGACGAGCUUCUCUCCAAGAGGACUCUCGGCGACUUGUUCGGCAUGGACGACGAGGACUCUUACGAGGAGACCAAGCCCGAAGUCACCAGCUCCGCCUACGAGGCUAAGCCCACGCCCAGCCAGGGUUACGAGCACGCUCCCAAGCCUUCCAUGGCCUACGAGCAUGUUCCCGAGCCCAGCAACGCCUACGGCGCCGUCCCCACCCCCAGCAAGGAGGCCUACGAGCAUGUUCCCACCCCCAGCCAGGCUUACGAGCACGUUCCCGAGCCCAGCAAGGCUUACGGUGCUGUUCCCACCCCCAGCAAGGAGGCCUACGAGCAUGUCCCCGAGCCCAGCAAGGCCUACGGCGCUGUUCCCACCCCCAGCAAGGAGGCCUACGAGCACGUUGAGCCCAGCAAGGCCUACGGCGCCGUCCCCACUCCCAGCAUGGUCCACGAGUACACCAAGCCCAGCAUGGCCCACGAGAAGCCCACCCCUUCCUUCGGCUCUUACGAGUCUGCCCCCACCCCCGUCAAGGACACCUACGAAUCUUCCCCCGUCGAGGACUCCUACGAGGAGAAUGACACUGAGGAGGACAAGGAGGACAGCGAGGAGAGCAGCGACAUGUUUGGUGACCUUCUCGGUGGCAUCCUCCGCAAGAACUAA